CUCGGCGCUGCUCUCCUCGCUUGUGCCGCUGCCGCUUCUUUCCCGGGACGCCGGUGCGGCCGGCGUGUAUUGCGGCCUUGCCGCCGUAGCUGCCGCAGCGAGCUCGGUCGUGCCCUGGGUAAGGGGUGGGGAGUGCCGGCGCCGUAGAUUCCUCCGCACGUGGUGAGGUGGUGCGGCUGGAGGCCCGCCAUUUUGAGUGCCUGAAGCUUGCGCGGAAGGGCGGCUGAAAGCAUUUAUCAUGUUGGGCUCUGGGUUCAAGGCUGAGCGCUUGCGAGUCAACCUGCGCCUUGUCAUCAAUCGCCUCAAACUGCUGGAGAAAAAGAAGACUGAGUUGGCCCAGAAGGCAAGGAAGGAGAUUGCAGAUUAUCUGGCAGCCGGAAAAGAUGAGCGUGCCAGGAUUCGUGUGGAGCACAUCAUCCGUGAAGAUUACCUUGUGGAGGCCAUGGAGAUCCUGGAGCUGUACUGCGAUCUGCUGCUAGCCCGCUUUGGCUUGAUUCAGUCCAUGAAGGAGCUGGACUCUGGCCUGGCAGAAGCAGUGUCUACGCUGAUUUGGGCUGCACCACGACUCCAGUCGGAAGUGGCUGAGUUGAAGAUUGUUGCUGACCAGCUGUGUGCCAAGUACAGCAAGGAAUAUGGGAAGCUGUGCCGGACAAACCAGAUUGGGACAGUCAAUGACAGGCUGAUGCACAAGCUGAGCGUGGAGGCACCGCCCAAGAUUCUGGUGGAGAGAUACCUCAUCGAGAUUGCCAAGAACUACAAUGUGCCCUAUGAGCCUGACUCAGUGGUGAUGGCUGAAGCCCCUGCAGGUGGAGAGGCAGAUCUAAUUGAUGUGGGAUUCACAGAUGAUGUGAAGAAGGGUGGCCAUGGAGGGGGAGGAGGUGGUGGAUUUACAGCCCCACUGGUUGGUCAUGAUGGACUAGUACCCAUGCCAGUGAUGAUGCCUAUGCCCAUGCCAACACCAAAUCCGCCCUUCUCCUAUCCGCCUCCAAAGGGACCGGAGAACUUCAAUGGCCUGCCAGUGGGGACCUACCAGCCUUUCACUAACAUCCAUCCACCACCAAUUCCAGCAGCCCCACCAACAUAUGAGUCUAUUGACAAGCCUAGUGCUGACAAGGAUGCUUCUGUGCCGGUGGCUGGGCCUGGGCCCAAGUCAGAAGUUUCUCCUAAACCAAAAGCUGGAGCUCCCAAUACCUUUGAUAACUUUGUGCUGCCUGAAUUACCAUCCGUGCCAGAUACGCUGCCGACAGCAUCUGCUGGUGCCAACUCUUCUGCCUCUGAAGACAUUGACUUUGAUGAUCUUUCUCGGAGAUUUGAGGAGCUAAAGAAGAAAACAUAAAGCUGACUGGGCUGUAACUCCAAUAUGAGGGGCAGGAGCUGUAACAGCUGCUUCUCUCUGAAACAGACUCCCCUUGAAACUGGUUUCCUGUAUUAACCUCAAAUGAAUGCGCUCUUCUUUUUGAGCUCUCUUCCUGCUGUACUUAAACCAGGUGGUGCCACUUUCCCGAUCUUUGUUGCUCCAGGAGCUGAACUGUGGGGAAUCUUGUGAGACUGGAGCAGGGAACAGCCCUGUCGGUCUGGGUAGCUCUACAGGAAAGCUGUGCUUGGUGUUCUGGCAUUCCUGGCUGCCUCCACAGUGGCUCUGUGCCCCCUCCCACAGAGAAGAGAGGUGAAGGCUGGAACGGGACGGCGCUUUCUCCUCUCCCCCGAUGGUCUCAAGGGCAGCACCAUCCACAAGCUGCCCCUCCCUGCUCUGUGGCCUGUACGGUAAGGGUGAUUAAGUCCCUUUGGUAAGACUUCUAACUAAUUGGGGCAGGGAAUACAGUCAUGAGGAGACGUGGCAUUGCCCUUGAGGCUGUGCAGUACGCUGGCACUUCUGCCAUCUCCCUGGCUCCAGCCCUGUGUGCUUGAGUUUGCCUGACGUCCUCUCUGGGCUCUCAGGCAGCCUCUGUGGCCUUUGCUGGCUUCUCAGUGUGGGGCUCUGUUCCCUGCUCGCAGGAGGGUGGCACUGUACGGUUUCCUCUUGGGCGGUGUGUUCCACCUGAGCCCGCCGGGAGGGUGAGGUGGCCAGGCAGAGGGCUGGCAGAGCCACGCUGGCUGCACCAGCUGCUUUCUCACUGGGCACUAACGUGUAUGGAGAGCUGAGGUCAAGGGACUCUGAUGGGAUAUGUGGCAGCAACUUUGCUUACCCCUGAGCAAGGGGAUGGGAGAUGCCUGGCCUGAGCGCUGCAGCCGGUGCUGCUGCUGUGUGCAGGGAGCGGGGGUGCUGCUGGAGGUGACCUGCGCUCUCCUCCGUGAUGUAGCUGUAUAUAACCCUUUCACACAACUUUUCUUUGGAGUUUUUGGCUGAUUUGUAUCUUACGGGUUGGUUCCUAAUAAAGUCUAGGCUUGUGA